AUGGCCGUCUUUGUGGAUCUUGAAGACGAUGACGUCGAGCCACUUGAACAGGGCCACGGCCUGAAUAAGCCCGUGUGGAACGGCACCGCGCCGCCGGACUGCUCGGUCGUCCACGGGCACAAGGAGCAGGACGGCGCUCCUCCAGGCCCGGACGAUCGCGAGGAGGCGACUCACGAGCCCGCUGUCGCAGAGGUACACCCGAUGACAGUGGCUUUGGGAUGCUAUCCUAUUGUCAUGGCCGUGGCUGCUCACCUUGACCUCAACGAUCUCGAUAGCCUGUCGCGCACUUGUCGGGGCGUCCACGACUCCCUCCUGCAGUACCGCUCCAUCCUCCUCAAGUCGACCGUUCACUGCGUCAACGAGGAGCUGCCUGUCGACCCCGAAUCUACGCUGCGAUACCGCGCCAGGGCCGGCAACUGCAAGUACAUUGAGCACGAGACCGACUGCGACGCCGCAGACGCCCGCGAGGCAGAGGACCUCCUGGCUCAGGGCCAUUCUGCCGGCACGUCACCGACCACCCUGAGCCUGUACAGUGGAGCACAUUCAUGGAGCAGUAGCCAUAGCAACCUGAGCCUCCACAGCAAUUCUUCCUCGCCGGGUCUUCUGGACCCUGGCUCAACAUCCGCGACGAGGACACCUUCCCCGGCCUUGGGACCCGGCUAUGCUAGGCACGAGGUGGAAGGCAUAGGGAAUAAGAUCAAAUCGGUCAAGAUAACCAUGGUGAGAGUCGGCGGCGGCGUGCCUGAGUGGGAGGACGAGAAGGUAUCGGGCCAGAGCCUGCGCCGUGAGGUAAACGGCCAGGCCCGGAGUUGGUGCGGUUGGUGUGCAAGGGUGAUUCCAAGCAAGAAGGAUUCCGAAAUGGACCAGAAGCCUCAGGUUUCCAAGGACGGAACGGCUUCUGCAUAG